CACACGCUCCGCUGUUAUAAGUUGCUACGAGCUACGAUCGAGUGUAGACCGCGCUAUUUAUAUUUAAUAAUAUUUGUAGUAAUCGUGUUCCAAAUUAGAAGAUUGAGUUAAGUGAUGAAAGUUCACACUGAUUAAUUAAGUGUAUUGUGCCAUUGUAAUUAAGACAAAAUGUAUUUCGUUGUUCUUGUAAUCACUUAUGUAGCGGAUGGAGGUGGUGCUCAGUUAAAUGAAGACAGCUGUGACCCCAGCGAGCUGAAGAUAUGUGUCCAGACCACCCCGAAGACUCCAGUGGGGCUGCCGAGGACUCAGGAAGAACUUGACGCACAUUGCUUGGCGUACCAGACGGGCAUGUCGUGUAUGGACACGUGGAUCAGGAGGUGUCUGCCGACGGACGGACAGAAACUGGUGCAGCAGCAGAUCGGAGGGGCGCGGGCUCUGAUGAGGUUCCUAUGCAGCAACGAGACCGGGUUACGAAGAGAUUUCCUCAAAGAGCCAUCGUGUUGGAGGUUGGUGUCAGCUGACUGGACUGGCUGCGUGGAUGAGUUGCAGCUUGCAGUAAGAGAUAUCUCGCACCGAUCGCAACAAAUUACAUUUUUUAAUAAAAACUCUGAGUUGUGCUGUGCCCGUGAUGCGUUCCUCGGCUGCGUGUCCCGCGUGGGCCGCAUCUGCUCGCCAGCGGCUGGUGACCUAAUCCGCCGCAUGGCCUGGGUCCUGGCCCAGGACGUCGCGGCCUGCUCCCACCAGCCCCGGGCCCGCUGUCGAUUUAUAACGAGCACAACAAUCUUCACAACAAUUGAAAAUAAUAUUUGCUGA